GGAACCUUUGAUUUCGCUGUUGUUUGCCGUCGGUGUUGGAAUCCUUGCAGUCAACAGGAACCGGCGGAGGAGCAACUUCUCUUGUUGAAAACCCUCAUUACAGAUCAGCAGAGAGGAGCCGGUAACCCGCCUGAGCUGCCACUGCGGUCUCCCUCCUGCAAGCUGGUGAUUAUGCGGCUGGGACGGCGUCUGUAGCGGGCUUUAACAGAUCUCAGGCCAGGCUUUGGAGGCGCAUUCCUUGGAGCGUUUCUGUGUGGCGCCUGGACCGUGAUGGAGGCCAGCGGAGCUCCCACUGAGGUCCUCCUGCAGCGCCCCUGGCUUCCUGUGAACAUCUGUGGCUGCCAGCUUCAAGCCAAGAGCUGGUUUGGUGAAACGGCGUACCACAUCCUCCUGACAGACAUGCACUGCGUGUGGGAGGAGAGCAUGGACUCAGCAGCCAUCCAGAAGAGAGCACAGGAGCUGAACAGACGUUUGCGAGCCCCCGUCAAAGCUUUCUUCUCUCACCUGUGUGAGGUGGUUCAGCCCUGUCUUUCAGGAAGCGACAAGAGAGCCGACGGCGAGGCCCAGAUUUCCCUGACGCGUCAGGAGAACGGCGACAUCAGCGUGAAGCUGAAGAGUGAGCUGGCAGGGCUGCCAUUCUACUGGGAGUUUCACUGCACCCCCGCGCCUGUCGCUGUGGUGUGCGUUCAGCUGGUGCGCCCCCUGCUGGCCAUGAGCCACCUGCUGCAGCGACAGGUGGAGCAGCUCGGAGAUCUGCUGGUGAGGAAGGAUGCAGAGAUCCAGGACUACAGGGAGAACGGAGCCACACUCAGCAGAGAGCGGCUGCAGACGGAUGUUUUUGAGGAGCAAACCUACAGAGAGGACUUCAUGGCAAAGGCUCUUCCUCUUCUUUGCUCUGAACAGCAGGACGCCCUCAGCUUCACCGCCGACCUCCAGCACCUGUACGCAGCCAUCGUCGCCCACGGAAACGCACGCACGCGGAAACGCAAACUGUCGGAGGAGGAGGAGGACCGGCCGCCCUCUGAGGAACCUGACCCGACCUCGUCUCUUGGUGCAUCCAUCAGCGGGGAGGCAGGUGAGGACAGAGAGCUGAGCCAGAGCAGGCAGGUGGAUGCAGCUGGAGCCAAGAUGGCCAACAGACCCACAACCCAGCAGUGUCCUCCAGUCACGUCCACGCCUGCAGAGCGGCCGUCCUCCAAGCCGAAGAAGAAGAAGGUCGUCGGACUGUUCAGAUGAACCCGAGCAGUAGGAUGCACACACAGACAACAGUUCAGAACUUCAUUAGAAAAAAGUGCUUUUUUUUCCACGUGAUGGAAGAAUCUGCUCUUAUUUUUAAAUCUUUAUUUUAAGUGACACUUUUACAGUUUGGUUUUAAUUUGGCUUGACGUGUGUUCAAGUCUUAUAGAUUAAAAUGUAAUUAAGUAGGUUUUUAAUCCAUUUUUUAAAAUGAAUUCUGUAUUCUGAGGGUUUUAGAACAAUGAAAUAAGCUGUCGAUUAAAGGAAUAUAAAUAUCA